CGACUUUUUUCCUUCCGGCCUCCAUUGCUUUUCCCCCGCAAUGGCAUCCGGCCUGGGGAGACUGCUCUUGCGGGGGCCCCGCUGCCUCCUGGCACCGGCCGCCCCCAUCCUCGUCCCGCCUGUCCGGGGCGUGAAGAAGGGAUUCCGCGCCGCCUUCCGCUUCCAGAAGGAAUUAGAGCGGUGGCGCCUGCUCCGGUGCCCGCCGCCGCCCGUGCGCCGUUCAGAGAAGCCCAACUGGGAUUACCAUGCUGAAAUACAAGCAUUUGGACAUCGGUUACAGGAAACCUUUUCCUUAGAUCUUCUCAAAACUGCAUUUGUUAAUAGCUGCUAUAUUAAAAGCGAGGAGGCCAAGCGCCAAAACCUUGGAAUAGAGAAAGAAGCUGUUCUUCUGAAUCUUAAAGAUAAUCAGGAACUCUCUGAACAAGGGACAUCUUUUUCAAAAACUUGCCUCACACAGUUUCUUAAGGAUGCAUUCCCAGACUUGCCCCCCGAAGGCAUUAAAAGUCUUGUUGACUUUCUCACUGGUGAGGAAGUGGUGUGUCAUGUGGCCAGAAACCUGGCGGUGGAGCAGUUGACACUGAGUGCAGAGUUUCCAGUUCCCCCACCUGUCUUACGGCAGACGUUCUUCGCAGUGAUUGGAGCCUUGCUGCAGAGCAGUGGCCCCGAGAGGACCGCUCUUUUCAUCAGGGACUUCUUAAUUACCCAGAUGACUGGAAAAGAACUCUUUGAGAUUUGGAAGAUAAUAAAUCCUAUGGGGCUCCUGGUAGAAGAACUGAAGAGAAGGAAUAUUUCAGCUCCUGAAUCUAGACUCACCAGGCAGUCUGGAAGCACUACAGCUUUGCCUGUGUUUUUUGUUGGCUUAUACUGUGACAAAAAGCUGAUCGCGGAGGGACCUGGGGAGACGGUGCUGGCCGCGGAAGAUGAGGCGGCUCGAGUGGCGCUGCGGAAGCUGUUCGGAUUCACGGAGAACCGCCGGCCCUGGGACUAUUCCACGCCCACGGUCAAGUUCAGAGCGGAGGAGCCGGUCUCGGCCAGCCCCCCAGCCGAGCAUGCGGCAGCCUGACACCCGCGAGCCAGACAGGGAGACGCACAUCAGAGAUGCUCGAGGCUGGACACUUUUCACGUCGUGAAGAACUAGGUCUGGCUCCUCAUCAUGAGUUCCUAAAAUAAAGCAAGUGUUCAUAAGGUCGUUGGUGGGUUUUUUUUUU